CCUUAAUGGCUUUUAUUCCAAACCAAAAAUUUACUGUGAUUUCUUUAUCUAUUUAAGCUUUGCAUGUGGUUAUUUUCUCUGCAAGUAUCCUUAAUGGCAACAGAUAGAAUCCCAAAACCUUCUAAAUGGUUCUCUAACAAGAGUAGUCUUGGGAGGAUAAGCUUCCAUCGUCGCAGAUCGAAGUCUAGUUCAACACCAAGCUCUCCUUCAUCUCCCAUGUCGCCAUGCACACCACAAGAUAAUUAUUCGAAAGACAACGAACUAAAAGAGGUGUUUCGUCACUUCGAUAUUGAUGGGGAUGAGAAGAUCUCAGCCCUAGAGCUUAGGUCUUACUUUGGAUCUAUUGGGGAGUACAUAUCAUACGAGGAGGCUCAAGCAGUGAUUGAUGAUCUUGACUCAGAUGGGGAUGAGUUAUUAGACUUCAAAGAUUUCUUGAGGCUUAUGAAAAGGGAUGAAAAUGAAGAAGAUGGUGAUCUUAAGAAGGCGUUUGAAAUGUUUGAAAUAGAGAAGGGAUCAGGUUGCAUAACCCCCAAGGGUUUGCAGAGGAUGCUUCAUCGUCUAGGAGAUGCAAAAUCCUACGAUGAAUGUGUGGCCAUGAUCCAUGUGUUUGAUAUUGAUGGAAAUGGAGUUCUUGAUUUUCAAGAAUUUCAUCAAAUGAUGGCUUAAUUAAUUAAAAAAUUACUUGUAUUUAUUAUUAUGGAAAUUCUAGUCUUCCCAUGGCAAUACUUCUCUUGUUUUUCUAAUCUACCGUUUUAAUUAUCAUCUUUUUUCGUUUAAUGAUUUCAAUAUUUCAUUAAAUAAUCAAAUUGGUUAUGUUUUCAAUUAUUA